AGCUGAGUCCCUCCGGGCGGCGGCGCUGGGCGCUCAAGGCAGGCGAGAUGGAAGAGGAGGGCGACGAUACGGACCCCGCGGUGCUGACGCUCAGCCACUUCACGCGGCCUCCCUUCCUUACUUUCGGCACCGUCCGCAUCGGGACCUCGCGCUCUCGUCGCCUGGCCCUGGAGAACCCCGGUGACGAGCCCGUCCUCUUGGCCCUGUGCCGCCCUCCGCCCGCCCCGAAAGGCUUCGCCGUGGAGCAGCUCAGCUGUCUCCUGCAGCCCAGAGAACGCGUGUUCUGUUCGAUAGUAUGGACACCAAUGGAAGAGGGCAGAGUACGGGAGCUCGUAACGUUUGUUGUGAAUGAUAUUAUUAAGCAUCAAGCGGUUUUGCUGGGCAGCGCCGAGCAACCCGCGAAGAGGAAGAGAAGCCUUUGGGAAGCAAUGAAAAAGAGACCUCUAGCACAGCAACCACAGUAUAAGAAAAGACAGUCCAGCAUUAAAAAUGUGAACAAAACUUUUCAAAUACCCCCCAAAACAGAUAGAGUUAGAAGUCCUCUACAGUGCUGCGAAAAUUUGGAAGAGAGCAGAUGUAGUAGUUCACCUAAAGGAGAUUCCCUGAUCAUUUUAGAAACGAAAGUGUCUCUGUCUCCUAUUAGUCCCAUCCUGCAAGAAAACCAGAAUGUUACUUGCACCCCCCUAUCAGUGAGGAGAUCAACUACGUAUUCAGUUCUUGAGACAGUUGACUGUGAUGCUUUAUCAAAGGGUAUAAAAGAGACCUUUACUCUUAUGCCAAUGUGUGAUUAUCUUUUGGAAACAAAAUUGGAAAAUGCACAUAUUGUUCAGCCUGCGGAAACACAGAACACAAAUACAAGCUCAUUUGGCACCCCAGAGCAUCUGAGAAAGCCGUAUAUUACUUCAGACGACAAAAGAACUUUAAGUCUGGAUUCCUUGCCUGCACUGGAAGGUUCUGUGCCAAUUCUCUCACCUGAUCAGUUUUUAAAAGACAACCAAAUAGUUAUUGAGCCAGCUUCACAAGUAUGUAAACCUGUGUUGCCUUCAAGCUUGGGACCUUGUAUGUCAAGGUCUUUUCCCCCUAAACAGGAGAAAGAAAUGCUGCCAACUGUAACUUUUUCAGCUGAACCUCAUUUUCAAAACAGAGCCUUUAACGCUGCAAGUGAGGGAGAACUAGCAGUAUUUCACUAUGACAAAUGUGAACAAAAUCUCAGUUUUCCGGCUCACACAGCCAAGCAUCAGAUGCACCAGUUCCAGAAAAAAGAACCUCCCAAACGGCCUCUGCUUUCCAGUACUGUUAUCAAAAGUAAGCAAGGUCCCCUUGAAGGAAAAGGAGCACAGAUGCCAGAAUCAAAAUCUAGAAAAUGCCUUUCAAAUGCUAUACAGCAGUGUGUGGAUAAGGUUCCUGAAGACAGAAAAAUAGAAAGGCUGCCAUAUCUUCCUGUUAUAGAAUCCUUGUCAGGUGGAGUUGAUAGCCACAGAGCUGAAAAACCUGCUUCUUCAGAAUCACCUUCACGUAAUCGUAAAAGAAAAAGCAGAGAAUUUUUGGAAGAGAUUAACAGUGAAAGUAAAGAAUAUAUGGAUAAUUUUGAGACCAAAAAAUUCUCAGUUUCCUGUGAGUUAAAUGUGAAGCAAACAGAUUUGAAAACAUCAGUUCCCAAAUCAGCAAACAAAGAGAAACAAAGUCAGAAAAAGCGAGUUGGUUUCUUAUCUCAGAAAUCAAGGACUGCUAGAAAAACUUCUAAAAACUUAGUUCCAGUUGCACAGUCUCAGCUGACCUUUGUGAAACCAUUAAAAACAGGUCUCCCUAGGCAUCCGAUGCCUUAUGUGGCAAAGAACAUGUUUUAUGAUGAGCGCUGGAAAGAGAAACAGCAGCGAGGUUUUACUUGGUGGUUGAAUUUUGUACUUACGCCUGAUGACUUUACCGUGAAAACAGACACCUCACAUGUCAAUGCAGCAUCACUUAUUUUGGGAAUAGAAUCUCAUCAUAAAUCCAGUGUUUCAAAAGCACCGACGAAAGAGGAAGUUUCAUUAAGAGCGUAUUCUGCUCGGUGUAAAUUGAACAAACUCCGUCGCUCAGCGUGCCAUUUGUUUACUUGCAACGCAAUGGUUAAAGCAAUAAAAAGGCUGGAGGUUGAAAUUGAAGCCAAACGCUUGCUAGUUCGGAAGGACCGACAUCUGUGGAAGGAUAUUGGUCAACGGCAGAAAGUCCUCAACUGGCUUUUAUGCUACAAUCCACUCUGGCUGCGCAUAGGCUUGGAGACUGUCUAUGGUGAACUGAUAGCCUUGGAGAAUAAUAGUGAUGUAACGGGUUUGGCAGUGUUUAUACUCACCCGGUUGUUGUGGAACCCAGAUAUUGCUGCUGAAUAUAGGCACCCAACUGUGCCUCACCUUUAUCGAGAGGGUCACGAAGAAGCGCUGUCCAAAUUUACACUGAAAAAACUACUUCUGCUAGUUUAUUUUCUUGAUCAUGCCAAAGCAUCCAGAAUUAUUGAUCAUGACCCCUGCCUCUUCUGCAAAAAUGCAGAAUUUAAGUCCAGCAGAGAGAUAUUAUUGGCAUUUUCCCGAGAUUUUUUAAGCGGAGAAGGUGACCUUUCUCGUCACCUUGGCUUCUUGGGCUUACCAGUGAAUCAUGUGCAGACGCCACUUGAUGAAUUUGACUUUGCAGUAGUAAAUCUAGCCACAGAUUUGCAGUGCGGCAUUCGUCUUGUAAGAACAUUGGAACUUCUCUCAAAAAACUGGAGUCUUUCAAAGAAGUUAAGAGUUCCAGCAAUAAGCAGACUUCAGAAGAUGCAUAAUGUUAAUAUUGCCCUUCAGGUAUUAAAAGAUCAUGGAAUUCAGUUGAAAGAUGAAUAUGGUUCAGGAAUUGAUGCCAAGGAUAUUGUAGACCGGCAUAGGGAGAAAACACUGGCAUUGCUGUGGAAAACAGUGUUUGCUUUUCAGGUGAACGUUUUCCUUGAUCUGCAUCAGUUAAAAUACGAAAUAGAUUUUUUAAAGACCUUGCAUGACACACAAGUAAAGAGGGGUGCGCUGGAAUCUUCUGUUACCCUCAAAGUGAGAAAAGACAGCAGUAGCUUUUAUUUAUCUGAAAGCUGCAGUGAAAAUGUAAAGCUGUUGAUGGAGUGGGUGAAUGCUGUCUGUAUGUUUUAUGGCCUCCAGGUGGAGAACUUCACAGUAUCCUUCUCAGAUGGAAGAGUAUUGUGUUAUUUGAUUCAUCAUUAUCAUCCAUGUUAUGUACCUUUGGAAGCCAUUUGUCAGCGUACAACCCAAACAGUAGAAUGCACCAAAAGUGGUACAUUGGCACUGAAUUUUUCCUCUGAGUCUGAUGAUUCCCUGAGUCUGCUGAAUGAAACUUUUGGCCAAGCUGUAACCACUUCAGCACUCUAUAAAGAGCUCCUUGACAAUGAGAAAAAAAACUUCCAGCUGAUUAAUGCUGCUGUUUCUGACCUUGGUGGUGUUCCAGCUAUGAUUCACCAUGCAGAUAUGUCUAACACAAUACCUGAUGAGAAGAUGGUUAUCACCUACGUGUCAUUUCUGUGUUCACGGCUUCUAGAUCUUUGUAAAGAGAUCCGAGCAGCUCGACUUAUUCAGUCUGCAUGGAGGAAACACAUGCUGAAGAAAAAACUUGCUCAGGUACUUUUCAGUUUACCAUGGAAUUUUCUCUCUUACUAGAACAUCAAGCAAACCUGCAAUGCAGCCGUUGAAAUUCAGAAACAUUGGAGAAGGUAUUUGGCUCAGAAGGAACUUCAGANNNAAAAGCAAGUUUGAACUGAAAUAAUUGAUAACUGUUGUGAUUUCUCCCCCCAGAAAUACUGGAGAGGAUAUUGUACCAGAAUAAAGUAUCUGCGGCUGCAAUAUCAUACAGUCCUCAUACAAGCAAGGAUAAGAAUGUUGCUUUCACGGGCUGCUUAUAAAAAAGUUCUCUGGGCUGCUCUCACCAUUCAAAGGCGCUGGCGGGCUUCAUUGAGGACAAAAAAUGAUUACCAAAAUUACCAGAAUUUAAAGGUGUCAGCAUUUGUGAUUCAGUCUGCAUUUAGAAGAUGGAAAAUGAAACAGAAAGUGGAAGCUGAGCUGCUAUUGCUAGAGACAGAACUGGCAAAAAAAACAAGAGCUGCUGUUGUAAUUCAGUCAUGGUACAGGAUGAUCAGAGACCGAAGCAGGUAUUUGCAUGUCAGGCAAAGUGUUAUCCGGAUACAAGCCUGGUUCAGAUGCAUUGUAGCUAAAUUCGUUUACAAACAGAAGAAAGCAGGUGUAUUGGCUAUUCAGAAGUAUUACAGAGCAUACAGACUGGGAAAAGCUGAAAGGGAAACGUAUCUGCAGAAAUGUGCAGCAAUAAUAAUUCUUCAGUCUGCUUUUAGGGGAUUGAAAGCUCGUUUAUUAUUAAGGCGGAUGAGAGCAGUUUGUAUCAUUCAGUCAUUUUGGAGAAUGAGACAAGAGAGGCAAAGAUUUCUGCAUGUGAAACAUUCUGUUAUUGUGGUACAGUCAUACGUGAGAAAACAACAGCAGCUAAAAAGAUACCAAGCAAUUAAAGAUGCUGCCUCUGUUGUUCAAGCCAGAUACAGAGCUUACAUGGCUUCUAAAAAAGCAGUUACUUCUUACCAGAAAUUACGCCAUGCUGCUGUCAUUUUACAAUCUGCAUUCAGAGCAAGACAAGCUAGGAUGAAGGUCAACAUGCUGAAAUCUGUAAUAAAAAUCCAGUCCUGCUUUCGUGCUCAUGUUGCCCGGAAAAGAUUUCUAAACUUAAAACGUGCUGCUGUGAAAAUUCAGGCUUUUAUAAAGAUGAGGCAAGCAUGUAAACGUUACUGUGCAUUAAGAGAAGCAGCCAUAUAUGUCCAGCAAAGGUACCGUUCCCAGAAACAUGCCUUUCAGUUGAAAGAAGACUAUGCAAAACUUAGACAAGCUUGUGUAAAAGUCCAAGCUGUUGUACGAGGAAAUCACACUAGAAAAUGGGUGAAGAGAAGACAAGAGGCUGCGAUUGUACUUCAAGCCCAAUACAGAAUGAAGAGAGAGAGGCAACACUAUCUGAGCCUGCGUAGAGCUUCUGCUGUUAUUCAGAUACACUAUCGUGCCUACAGAGUGGGAACCCAUCAGAGGCAGAGCUUCCUGCAACUCAAAAAGUCAACUGUCAGUUUGCAAGCAGCCUGCAGGGGUUAUAGACUGCGUAAAACACUUCAGCUUCAAAAUGAAGCUGCUCUCAAGAUCCAGGCAGCUUUUAGGGCAUACAAUGCAAGAACGAAAUACCAAAUCAUGGUUCAAGCUUCCAUUAUGAUUCAGAGAUGGUAUAGGGCUUCCAGAACAACAUCCAAAAUCCGACAAAGUUUCUUAAGGACUAAAGCAGCUGUUAUUACCUUGCAGGCAGCUUCCCGUGGCUGGCUAGUAAGGAAACGUAUUCAGGAACAGUGGGCUGCUGUGAUUGUUAUCCAGUCUGCCUUUAGGAAGUAUAAAGCUCUGAAAAAGUUCACAAUGACAAGAAAUGCUGUUCUAACACUUCAACGGCAUUACAGAGCUCUAAUUUCUGGUAGAGAACAACGGCAGGCAUAUAUUCUGCUCCGUACCUGUAUCAUACAACUCCAGGCAGCUUGGAGAGGGAGUAUGGUAAGAGAGCAAAUAAAACAACAACAUCAGGCUGCAGUAGUCAUACAGUCCUACUAUAAGAUGCACAUCAGUCGAGAAAAGUUCAAACGUUUGAGACUGGCUGCUGUGUCUAUUCAGAGAUGGUAUCGUGCUGUUUUCCUAGCCAGCUGCCAAAGGCAGGAGUACCUUGCACUAAAGGAAGCAACGGUUAAAAUCCAGGCAGUUUACAGGGGUGUGAGAACCAGGCGAAAACUUCAAUGCAUGCAUCAUGCUGCUGUCUGUAUUCAGGCAAUGUUUAAGAUGCAUCAAGUUCGCACUAGAUAUCAGGCAAUGAAGCUAGCAACAGCUGUAAUUCAAGUAAGAUACAGAGCUCUUUGCAGAAGCAGACAGGAACAGGCAAAGUAUCUGGAGCUAAGAGAGGCUUCCGUUAUCCUUCAGUCUGCCUACAGUGGCUUGAAGGUUAGACAAGAGCUAAAAACUUUGCACCAGUCUGCAGUUUCUAUUCAGUCAUUUUAUCGAAUGUACAAGCAGCAGAAAUCUUUCAGACAGUUAAUUACAGCGGCAAAAUUGAUUCAGCAGUGGUAUCGUGGUUGCAAAGAGCGAAAUGUUCAGAUGGACAAAUUCAGGAAGAUAAAGAUUGCUGCCCUCCAAAUUCAAUCUGCAUUCAGAGGCAUGAAAGAAAGGCGCCGUUUGAAAAAGAGGCAUGCAGCUGCCACUACUAUUCAAAGGAGAUUUAGAGGUUUUCUUCAGCGGCAAAGUUUCAUUUCUCUUAAAGCAGCUGCUGUGACCAUUCAGAGGAGGUAUCAUGCUACAAGACUAGCAAAACAGCAGCGCGACAAGUAUCUUCACUUCUGUAAAUCUGCCGUCAUCGUGCAGUCUACCUUCAGAGGCAUGUUGGCCAGGAAACAUGUGAAGAGAAUGCAUGUGGCUGCUACCAUUAUUCAAGCAACUUUCAGAAUGCAUAGAGCACAUAGUCAUUACAGAGCUGUGAAGCUUGCUUCUAUCAUAAUACAGCAGCACUACAGAGCAUACAAAGAAGCUAACAACACAAGAGAACUAUACUUGAAGCAGCGCCACUCUGCUUUAAUUCUUCAGGCAGCCUAUAGAGGAAUGAAAACGCGACAUAUCUUAAAGAAGCGGCAUAGUGCUGCAGCAGUCAUCCAAAGUCACUUUCGCAUGCACAGGCAACAUUGUUCCUACAAAAAAGUGCAAUGGGCAGCCAUAACUGUACAGACCAGAUUCAGAGCCUAUCAACUGAGCAAGCUGGUAGUCCAGCAGUACUCCUCUGCUGAGAGAGCUGUCACUAGCCUUCAGAUGGCUUCUUGCACGAUGAAGGAGGCAAGCUGUCAGGCAAGGCAUCAUGCUGCUGUUGUGCUUCAGAGGAGUUUUAAAAUGUGGAGAGACCGUAGAAGAUACCUUGCUUAUCAAGCAGCUGCUGCCGUCCUUCAGAGACGAUACAGAGCACUGAUUUUGUCCAGAAGGCAAGCUCGAGAAUAUCUUUGCCUUCGUGCAGCGACUGUUUGUAUUCAAUCUUUCUACAGAGGUUUUAAAAUACGGAGAAAAGUUCGACACAUGCAUUCUGCAGCAAGAGCAAUUCAGGCAGAAUUUAGAAUGUAUCGGGAGAGGCUCUCUUACCAGAGACUGCGGCACGCUGCUGUCACCAUCCAAAAUUACUAUCGUGCUUACCUAAAAGGGAAACAUCAGCGAAAGGUAUACCUGGAGGUAUGGAAGGCUGCAGUGGUGAUUCAGGCCUCUUACAGAGGUAUGAGAGUUCGGAAAGAACUGAGAGCCAUGCACAUCUCUUCAAGUGUCAUCCAGUCUCUUUACCGUAUGCAUGUGCAGCAUAAACGUUAUAAACAGCUAUGCUGGGCUGUGAUAACGAUUCAGUCUGCUUAUCGUGGAAUGGUAGCACGCAGAAAAGCAAAAGAAGUUGACAUGGCAAGGAAAAUUCAGCCUUAUGUUCACAUGGCUAUGGAUAGUGAGAUUACUCAGUACAAAACUGCAGCUGUUACAUUACAGGCUCUUUACCGGGGAAAGAAAGCCAGAGUGCGGUACCAGAAAUACAGGAAAGCUGCUAUUGUAAUACAACAGUAUUUUCGAUCUUUCUUGGCCAUGCAACAUCAAAGAAGGGCUUACUUACAAACUCUGAGGAGCAUCGUUGUUGUUCAAGCGACUGUAAGAGGAUUCCUUGAACGUCGAAGGGUUUGCCGAAUAAGAAGUGCAGUAAAAAUGCAGAUAUUGGAACAGAAAUGGCAACAUUCCCUACUUCAUUUUGCAGCUUGUGCAUAUCAUCAUCUUUCUGCUGUUAGAAUUCAAAGGGCUUAUAGAAGUCAUCUUCUCUGGAAGCAUGAACAGAUGCAACUUGCUUCUGUUUUGUACAUUCAGAGAUGGUAUCGUGCAAAGGUACAGAGGAGGAAAUUCCUGCAGUAUCGUGAGAAAAUUAUUAAAAUUCAGAGAGUGGUGAGGAAAUGGAUGAAGCAUAAAAAUGCAAGUUCAAGUAAAAUCCAGACAGGUGUGAGCCAAAAGACCUUAAAUAAUGGAAUAACUAAAUUUCAGGCUUUGUGGAGAGGAUAUUCGUGGAGGAAAAAGACUGACACUGAUGAAACUAGAGCUCUGCGCGAUAGUUUGGUGAUGGCCAAUAAAGAAAGCAAGGAAGAGAUGAAGCUAUGUAAUAGAACUGCACUUGCCAUUGAUUACCUUCUAAAAUACAAACAUUUUUCAUACAUUCUGGCAGCUUUAAAAGACCUGGAGGUUGUAACCAGAUUAUCUCCUGUUUGCUGUGAAAGUAUGGCCCAAACCAAAGCAGUUGCCACUAUUUUUACUUUGAUUCGGAGCUGCAAUCGCAGUGUCCCUUCUAUGGACGUUAUCAGAUACUCAGUUCAAAUCCUGCUUAAUUUAUCAAAGUAUGAAAGGACAACUCAAGCUGUUUAUGCAGUGGAAAAUUCAGUAGAUACAUUGCUGGACCUACUUCAGAUGUACCGUGAGAGAGCUGGUGACAAAAUUUCAGAGAGAGGUGGAAGCAUUUUUACGAAGACCUGCUGCCUGUUGGCUCUUCUUUCCAAAGAUUCAACCAGAGCAUUUGAGAUGAGAAGCAUCCCUCGAGUGAUUGCCCGCCUUCAAAGCUUGUAUAAACUUACCUCUCGUAAACAUCGAAUGGAUGCCCAAAGAACGCUUGUCAAGCAGAGGACAAGUGCAUUCCGAAGUGGUCACUGCUCUGUCCUGGUCACUCCUGUAAGAACAAAAAUAAUUUCUAGGCAGAGGCCAGACUGGGUUUUAAGAAAAGAUAAUAUGCAAGAGAUUGUUGAUCCUCUGCAAGCAAUUCAAAUGGUGAUGGAUACACUUGAAAUUUCUUAG